AUGAAGCAACGGUUGCUACAGGAAAGUAAUUGUGCAGACAGGGGCGACGACGAAGACAGCAACAGAAGGCGAACCAGCACUCCGGAAGAGGCAUGCUCGGAUCUAUUAAGAGAGAUGAGGAAAGAGAUGGACGAACUGAGGAACGCCAUCAAAGGAAAAAUGGACCAAAGCCUGGAGAGGAUCGUCCGGAAGAUGGACUCACCUUUUACCAUGGCCGUCCAGGAGUGCCCAAUACCCUCCAAGUUCCGUCUACCCCAGCUAGAACCCUUCGACGGGCUGAAAGAUCCCUUGGAUCACCUGAAUACCUUCAGGACAACCCUAGGCCUCCAACAGCCACCUGAUGAGAUUUUGUGUCGCUCCUUCCCUACAACUCUCAAAGGAGCAGCUAGGGAGUGGUUCAACAAGUUGCCAACAUCGUCCAUUGAUAACUUUGAACAGUUAAGCAGUUCCUUUGUUCGUCAUUUCGUAGGCGAGCAGCGUCCAAAAAGGAUUGCCGACCAUCUGCUCACCAUCAGACAAGGAGAGAAGGAACCAUUGAGGUCUUAUGUGACACGUUUCACCCGAGGAAUGCUGGAAGUAAACGAGACGGAUGAUAAGGUACAUCUCACAACCUUCAAAGCAGGGUUGAAGUCUAGAGAUUUUGUGGCAUCUAUGGCAAAGAACCCCCCUAAGACAAUGGCCGUGGCAUUGUUGAAGGCACAGAAGUACAUGAACGCGGAAGAAGCCCUAGCAGCCAUUGACGGAGCAGAAAAGAACAAGGAAAAGAAGAAGGAAAAGGAGGACGAUCGACGAGGGCAAAAAAGGGAUUGGGCUGAUCGACGGAAUGACGAUGGAAACAGGCAGAGAGAGGAAAAGAACUCUCGUCCAGCGAAAUUCACACCGCUGAUGAUGCCCGUUGACCAAAUUCUGACGGAGAUAAGGGACAAACCGUCUCUCAAGUGGCCAAGACCACUCCAUUCAGCGCCUGGUUUACGCAAAAAGAGGAAAUACUGCCGCUUCCGCAAAGAUCAUGGGCAUUACACGGAGGAUUGCAGGGACCUGAAAGAGCAAAUUGAAGAGCUCAUCCGUAAUGGGAAACUACAACAGUAUAUAAAAAGGGGAGAUUCUGACAAGUACGGACAGAAAAGCCAGCAAGGUAGUUCAAAGAGAGAUGAAGACCGCCCUCAACCUCAUCCACAAAAUGCACUGGGGGAGAUAAAAACUAUCGCCGGAGGACCAAUCACUGGGGGAUCAUUCAAAUCCCUCAGGAAAUCAUACCAAAGGCAGGUAAACAGUGUCCACAGUAUACCCCCGUUGAAGCAAAGACAAACCGAUGGAGACUUGUACUUCUCUGAGGAAGAUGCCAGAAGUGUAAAGCAACCUCAUGAUGACCCACUCGUCAUUAUGAUCAUGAUCGAGGGGUUCAACACGCGAAGAGUCCUGGUCAACAGUGGAAGCUCAGUCGACAUAAUCUAUCUUCCUGCCUUCCAGCAACUAAAACUAGACCCAAAAAGGUUCCGUCCUUUUGAGUCUCCCCUCGUCAGUUUCAGUGGGGACAAGGUAUACCCUAGGGGAAUAGUGACGUUGACAGUGACAGCUGGAUCAUACCCCCUCCAGGUGAAGUUCCCAACAGAACAGGGGAUCGGAGAAAUUAAAGGAGACCGGGUGUUGGCAAGAGAAUGCUAUCAGGCCGUCCUGGCCUCAAAAGAGAACCAUACGUGGACGAUCGAAGAGAAAUCGCCAGAGAUUGUGGAAAAGCUUGAAACAGUAGAGCUAGCUGAAGGGAGUCCACCAAAGACGACCCAAAUAGGGACGAGCUUGAGUCCCAGGACGAAGGAAGAGAUCGUCAACUUCCUGAAAAGCAACCUCGAUAUAUUUGCAUGGAGCCACGAAGAUAUGCCAGGAAUCCCAUCAAGCCUCAUCCAGCAUCACCUGAAUGUUGACCAAGGAAAGAAGCCCGUCCAAUAG